AUGUCGAAGAAGGAGCUUCCGGGCCUGCGCACGCCACGCGCCGCGAUUGGCCGCGCCGCCUCGCGACCCCGCCCCCUUCGCCCCGCCCCUUCCCGCCGGGCCGGCACGCCACGCCGCGACCAAUCAGCGCCGCCGCCGCCGCCUCCGUCACGGCGCGGCCGGCCAAUCGCGACGGCGCUCGGCGGCGCGUGGCUCUUUCGCGGCAAAAAGGAUUUGGCGCGUAAAAGUGGCCGGGACUUCGCAGAAAGGAAGGCAGCGGCGGCCGGGGGCGGAGCGGGCGCGGGAGCGGGAUCGGGAGCCCGAAGCCGCCGCCGCCGCCGCCGCCGCCGCCGACGCCGCCAUGGGCCCGCAGCGCCGCCGCCGCCGCCCCCGCGCCCGUCCGUGUCCCCGGACUCGUCCUCUGCCUCGGCCCCGCCUGCGCCCCGGCCGCCCCGCGUGCGGGCCCUGAGCGCUCGGGCGCCCGCCAUGGCCGUGGCCCCCGGUGCGGGCGCGGGCGCGGGCGCGCCGGCGCUGGAGGCCCUGCUGGAGGCCGGCGCCCUGGGGCUGCUCGAGGCCUCGCAGAUCGUCAUCAUCUCCGCCGCGCAGGACGCCGCCGCCGCCCCGCCCGCGCCCCCCGCCGCGCCCCGCGACCCCGACCUGCUGCUCUUCGCCACGCCGCCCGCCGCAAGGCCCCAGCGCCCCGCCGCGCUCGGACGCCCGCCGGUGAAGCGGCGGCUGGAUUUGGAAACCGACCAUCAGUACCUGGCUGAAAGUAGUGGGCUGGCCCGGGGCAGAGGCCGGCACCCAGGAAAAGGUCUGAAGUCCCCAGGGGAGAAGUCACGCUAUGAGACCUCCCUGAAUCUGACCACCAAACGCUUCCUGGAGCUACUGAGUCGCUCAGCUGAUGGCGUGGUGGACCUGAACUGGGCAGCUGAUGUGCUGAAGGUGCAGAAACGACGCAUCUAUGACAUCACCAACGUCCUCGAGGGCAUCCAGCUCAUCACCAAGAAGUCCAAGAACCACAUCCAGUGGCUAGGCAGCCACACCACCGUGGGGAUUGGUGGACGCCUUGAAGAAUUAACUCAGGACCUCAAGCAGCUGCAGGAGAAUGAACGGCAGCUGGACCAACUGAUUCACGUUUGUACCACACAGCUCCAGCUGCUGUCUGAGGACCCUGACAACCAACGCCUGGCCUAUGUGACCUGUCAAGACCUGAGGAGCAUUGCGGACCCUGCAGAGCAGAUGGUCAUGGUGAUUAAGGCCCCGCCCGAGACCCAGCUCCAAGCUGACGACUCCUCAGAGAACUUCCAGAUCUCCCUGAAGAGCAAGCAAGGCCCCAUCGACGUUUUCCUGUGCCCCGAAGAAAGUGUGGAUGACAUCAGCCCGGGGAAACUCCCAUCCCAGGGCGUCUCGUCUGGAGAGGAAGACAGGGCUGCUGACCCUGUCGCCACAGUGUCGGAGCCAUCUUCCUCCUCUCCUGCUGCAGACCCUAGCCAGUCCCUGCUCAGCCUGGAACAAGAACCUCUGCUGCCCCGGAUCGGAGGCCUUCGAGUUCCUGUGGACGAGGAGCGCCUGUCUCCACUGGUGGCUGCCGACUCACUCCUGGAACAGGUGCGGGAGGACUUCUCUGGUCUCCUCCCCGAGGAGUUCAUCAGCCUGUCCCCGCCUCACGAGGCCCUCGAUUAUCACUUUGGCUUGGAUGAGAGCGAGGGCAUCAGAGACCUCUUCGACUGUGACUUUGGGGACCUCACACCCCUGGACUUCUGACAGGGCUGGUGUGGGGAGGGGACCAGGGUCUCCUGAGGUGCCCGUCUGAUCCUCCCAGCCCCGGAACACCCUGUCCCUGGCUGUCUUCCCAGGCCAAUUGAAGACUUAAUUUAUACCCUUCUCCCCAAAGCCUCGAAAGCUUCUCACUCUGGGAUCUGACCCCUGUCAGGAAGGGAAGGAGGCGUGUGGGCGGCUGUGUGUGCACUCAUUGCUCAGCAUACGUCUGCCAGGUGUGAGAGGAUGCAAAUACUGGGGAAUGAACGGGCACAUGCGUGCUCUGAGACCAUGCCCCAGUGUGACUGCGCAUAUGUAUGUACGCGCCCACAUCUGAGCGGUGGAGACCCAACUGCACUUUCGGGUCCUUGUUCCAGGGGCCCCAUGAGGCCCCUGGUGGCCACCUGCCCCUCAACUCCUGACUAGGCCAGGUAGUGAGGCUCUGGUCUGCUUAUUGCAGGAUAGUGCGAGCACUUCCUUCAUCUUAAAAGGUUUUUUUCCUGACUGAAGCUUUAAUGGAGCAUUAUUUAUUUAUCAUUGCCUCUGGCAAGCCUGCAGCACCAGCAAAGGAUGAAGAUGUGGGACAGAUACCCCAGUUCCAUAGACCCCUAUGUGAGAGCAGGUAUCCCUGUUCCCUGAGCUGUCCUUUUGCCUCACUCUAAACAGCUGAGGCCUGAGUGGUUUAUUUAUUAAAUGAUGGAGUGAAACAAACUGACAACCAGGGUUGAACAGAGGGGGUGGGAGGACCCAUCCCAGCUGGCCCCAGGAUGGAUAUGAAGUAGGAGUGCUGAAUGGGGGAACCAUCACCAAAAGUGUGGACAGGAGGAGUGGGUGAAGGGUCUUCCUGAUCUGGCGCACCUGCCCCUUUGGUGAUUGAAGAAACUCCCUCCACCCCACUUCUUGCUGUUGCCCCAAUUUCCAAUCUGCACUUUGAUUUAUCUUCCUACCAGCUCUGUUUUCUUGCUUUGGUAUAAAUAAAUAUUUUGAUUGUU